CCGACUUUACAAAGACAUGAAGAUUCCAUUUCAAAUUGAGAAGAAGAUUCAAGCUAUUACAGAUAAGGUUUCUAAAUUGGAGAAUAAAGUGGAAUCCAAAUCUUCAUUCAGCACAAAAACUAAAAGCAAAGUUACUUCACCGGAUAGAAGGAUAUACCAAUGUAUUGUAAAGUAACAUAAACCUGUUUAUUGACUGUUUAUUGAGGAAGGUAGUAGGUAUAUUGUCCCCCCUGACAGCAGCAAUUUCCCAAAUUGUUAAGCUUACCCAACUUGCAUUCAACAAGAACAAUUGAUCGUUUUAAUUGCAAAAGGCCAAACCAAGGUAACAUUUCUUUUUAGUUAUUUUUGUUACUUAAGUUAAAAACGAGAGAGGAAGUACAUAAGCAAAUAGUUAAUGAAAAUGUGACUUCAAUUGACAUGUGCAUGUAGGAUGAAAUCCAUAUUCAUACAAGACAAUGAUCAGUAUAUGCUCAGUGGUAAAAAAAAAUGAAUAUCCAUGAAUCCUGUCAUACACUUUGUCAAUGUGUUCCUUGAUUGAUGCAAUACCACGACAGUUAUGUCAAGAACAACCUGUUGCCCAAUUUGCGUGUACUGUAUUAACACGACCUUAUCAAAUAUGUUGUCAGUGGCACGCGAACUAGUGGUUAUUUUAAAAGAUCUAUAACAAUUUUAAACUUUAUUUAUAUUUCACGUUGCUCCACCGAAGUUUGUUUUUUUUUAAGAAUCGGGGCAAAAUGAAUGCAAUUUUGAAUAUCAAUUCAUUAAUGGUUGGACGCAUCAGUGCGUUUGUGUUUGUUUUGGCGAUUGUUGAAAUCACCGCUAAAAGUAUUGUCAUUAAUAACAGUACCGUUAAUAACAUUAUCAGCGGGGACAAGCCGUUAAAUGGGACACAGAGAAGUACUUUGAUGGACCAACUCUAUAAAGAGACCAUGCUCCGAUUCCAGAUAGAGAAAAAAAUGCAAAUUCUCACGGAUAAGGUAUCAAAACUCGAAGAAAAGGCAAAAUAUAACAUUAACGGUAAAGAAAAAGGCUUCUAUGCCUACGUAUCACGUGACUUGAACAAUCCUGGAGGUGGUCAUACAAUUGUGUUUGACGUUGAGAUGACGAAUUUCAAAAACGGAUACAACAAACAUACCGGUGUUUUUACGGUUCCUGUCGAUGGUCUCUAUUCAUUAACAUGGGUGACAAGAGUUGAAUGCAGUAAAUCGUACACAAGUCAACUUCAUGUCAACAAAAGAAUCGUGGGCUCUACAUUCGCUUAUUGUGGAUACAAUACGGUCACCGGAAAUGCUAUUGUUAAUCUGCGUAAAGGUGAUGCUGUUUUUGUGCGUACCCUUGCCGGAAGUGGACAGAUCAGAAGUAAUGAGUUUGGUCGUACUUCGUUUUCAGGAUUUCUUGUCAAUUGAUAUAAUUUAACUGUUUAAUAAAUUCAC